GUCAUCUCGACAAGGCACCUGCCACUCGCCCACUCCUCCUCCUCCCCCAUCCUCCAGUGCUACGGUGUCACGCAGCCAUGGCGCUCCGCACGCUGGCCUCGAGGAAAACCCUAGCCGCCGCGGCGCUGCCGCUGGCUGCGGCGGCGGCGGCGAGGGGUGUGACGACCGUCGCGCUCCCGGACCUCCCCUACGACUACGGCGCGCUGGAGCCGGCCAUCUCCGGGGAGAUCAUGCGCCUGCACCACCAGAAGCACCACGCCACCUACGUCGCCAACUACAACAAGGCCCUCGAGCAGCUCGACGCCGCCGUCGCCAAGGGCGACGCCCCCGCCAUCGUGCACCUCCAGAGCGCCAUCAAGUUCAACGGCGGAGGCCAUGUCAAUCAUUCGAUCUUCUGGAAUAACCUCAAGCCUAUCAGCGAGGGUGGUGGUGAUCCACCACAUGCAAAACUUGGCUGGGCCAUUGAUGAGGAUUUUGGUUCAUUUGAGGCACUUGUAAAGAAGAUGAGUGCAGAAGGUGCUGCUUUACAAGGAUCUGGAUGGGUGUGGCUAGCUUUGGAUAAAGAGGCAAAGAAGCUUUCAGUGGAAACAACUGCUAACCAGGACCCUCUGGUAACGAAGGGGGCCAACUUGGUUCCUUUGUUGGGAAUUGAUGUCUGGGAGCAUGCGUACUACCUGCAGUACAAGAAUGUCAGGCCAGACUACCUGAGCAACAUCUGGAAGGUGAUGAACUGGAAAUACGCAGGGGAGGUGUACGAAAAUGCGACUGCUUGAUGUUGUCUGAAGGCAACGCUCAUGGUUUUUUUUCACCUAGUACUGCCAUGGAUCUUUGUAUGCAAUAAAAAUGGGCCUAUUGCACUUCUGGACCUUGUGUACAUUGCGUAGAGGUGGACUAAUGCAUAACAUAAUAUGCCUGAGAUUUUCUUCUUGUGCUGCUUUCCUGCA